GAAACUACUUUUACAUAUUUGUAGUGCGUGAUUGUUGGAGUCCAGAACAGAACUUCGGGUAACCAAAUCGAAUUUUGAUUUGUGAGAUUCACUGACCCAUCCAUGUCUAACGAAGGCUCGGAAGAAAAGCACGAUAUCCUUGGUAAAAAGGUUAUUUCCAAUUUCUGAUCUUUUAUAAUAACCCAAUUGGUACAGAUAUCCUUGGUUAUGGUGUUUCAAUUAGAUUGUAUAUGAUUUAUGCAGAUUGAUGUGAAACAAGCCCAAGUUCAAGGACUUACUGACAAUACCAAGAGGAUUUUUGUGGGAGGUCUACCACAUGAUCUAAGAGAUGAAGAAUUCAAGAACUACUUUGAGAAGUAUGGUAAAAUUACAGAUUGGGAUGUAAUGUAUGAUAAGGAAAACCACAAACCUAGGGGGUUUGGAUUCAUCACUUUUGAGUCAGAGAGGAGGCUGUGCAGGAUGUGUUGCAGAAGAGGUUUCAUGACUUGAAUCACAAGUCUGUGGAGGUAAAGAGAGCUCACCCUCAGAAUAGGAAUAACAACAGGCUCAUGAAACAGUAUGAUCGCUACAAUGUAGCUCCUAAUGGGUAUAGAUACGGUGUAGCCUGUAGGGUAUAUGUCUGAUAAUAAUCCUGGAACUUUGGGGCAUUAUAAUCCAUAUUGCAGUAGUUAUGUAGCACCUUAUGGAUAUAGAUAUGGUGCUGGGUUUUUGCAUGAUCUGAAUCCUUAUAAUGCUUGGGUAUAUACAACUGAUUAUGGCGUAUGGGGUGGCCAAAAUGCUAACGACUCCAAUAUCCGAAGCUGGACGGAGCUCCCUGAUGAUGUUACCGCAAUGAUACUGUCACGUCUUGGAGCAAUUGAGAUCUUGAAAACUGCUCAGAAGGUUUGCAUGACAUGGCGCAAAAUAAGCAAGGACCCUCUUGUGUGGUGCAGAAUCGACUUGCACCAUGAUGGUUCUUAUUAUAGUCCCUAUGUGCACCAACAGUUGGACAAAAUGUGCCGCCAAGCCAUUGAUCGUAGCUGUGCUAAUCUGGUCGAUAUCAGCAUCCAGGACUUUGGCAAUGAUGCACUUCUUGAGUAUAUCACUGAUAGUUCACCUAGAAUCAGACGUCUUCGUUUGGAUAGUUGCCCAGUAACUGACAAGGGAUUAAGUAAAGUAGCUUCCAAACUUCCGCUGCUGGAGGACCUCGAAAUUUCACACACAAACUCUUGCUCACGCGAAUCUCUUGAAGCAAUAGGGCGCUCUUGCCCUCUCUUAACAUCAUUCAAGUAUAAGGACGGAUGGCAGGUAUGGUUCAAAUUUGAUGAUACUAAUGAACAAGCACUUGCCAUAGCCGGAACAAUGCAUGGUUUACGCCACCUCCAGCUUUUAGGGAAUGCGGUGACUACUGAUGGAUUGGCCAAGAUCCUUGAUUCUUGUCCUCAUCUCGAGUCACUUGAUCUGAGAUAUUGUUUCAAUCUUAAUUUGGGAGGGGAUUUGCAGAGAAGAUGUUCUACACAAGUUAAAACACUUCAAACUUCCGGAGGAUCAUUGUGAUGGUUACGAAUCAAGUGGUCAGUCUAUCGGCGGCUCAUACAUGCAGUAGCUAUUUUUUAUUUUUUCGGUAACAGCUCAUACAGAACUACUGUAUGGUAUUCUCAAUCCAUAAUAGCUCAAACGUUAUGGACUUCUAGGUUCAAUACUGUCACAUCAGUUACGUACUUGUACCUAUUAAAAGUGAUCGUCUCAACCUUUCAAAUUUAACAUUUAAGCCGCAUUAGAAACAAUAAUCCGUCGAUUCAAAUCCGGUUUUGAGUCAUCCAUAUGUCAGAGUAGGAAGUUGCUAAUUGGUCUUGUCUCUCAAAUUAUGCUUGUGCCAAUGGCUCUAAAACUGCAUUGCAUCUGCUGCAUGUGUUUUGUUUGCCUUCA